GGGACUUUAUAUUGAAUUUUAUUAGUUAUCCGAUACGGUAGACCAAUCAAAAAUAUUAUACUUUAUGUAUCAAUGUAGUUACGAGGUAGGGGGCAGGUCGGCAGACAAUAAAUAUCCUACGGCUAUAAGGUGUGAAAAAGCGAUACUAUCGUCAAGUAAAAAUAUUGGAUACGUAUUUUUAAAGUUCUCCUCUCGGACCGCGCAAGCGUAUAGACGUCAAAUCCGUGCAAAAAUAAAUUAAAUUUUUAUUUUAAUAUACAAAUACAUUUAUUAUUACAUCGAAGUACCAGGAGUGCAUGAUAAAGUGUUCAAUCGCUGCGUGACGUAUUUACUGCAGGGAAGGACAGCUAAUAAGACAGCAGCCAUAAUUAAGUAAAUUAAAUUAAAUUUCAUAAGCGGAAGCGGGUGUGGUACGUCUCUUCAUUUUUACAUAUUUUAUCUGCACGAAAUGCCAAACUUAAUGCGUUCGCCCACCUUAAAUAAAUCACACAGUAUGGUAGACACAGUUGUGGAUAAGGUGGCGGGCACCAUACCCCUGCUUGAAGAACUAACACAUAGAACUCAACGUGAAUCGAAAAGACGACGCGUUUCUGAUGACCAACCUGACCUAAUGGGAUCUGACUUACGCAAGAUCAUACGGGAGGAACUACGAAUUAUUCUGAGUGAGUUACAAGCUCAACAAAAUUCCCGUAUGGACAAUCUGGAACAACAUAUAACAGAUAUAAAAAACCAAAACGACAAUAUGAAAGUAAGUACCACAGAUAUUGGUACUUCCAUAGAGUUUGUUACUAAUAAAUUAGGUGACAUCCAAACGGCUAUUAGUCGCUUGGACGCAGAACGUAAGCAAAUCGGUAUACAAAUCUCUCAAAUUGAGGAAAAAUGCGACUCACUGCAAAGAUUGUCGCGUAAAACCUGCAUCCAGAUAAGAAAUGUCCCAAAACAGAAAGGAGAAACUAAAGAAUUGCUUUUUAAUAAUAUACACAAAUUAUCUUCUACACUGGGGCUUACCUUGAAUAUGUCGGAUCUACGUGACGCCUAUCGGGUCCCUUCUAAGCACGACCACACGACCUCAAUAAUUGUUGGUGAGUUCUCAUCUACCCUGAUCAAGAGUAAUAUCCUAUUGGCUGCUAAGAAAUUCAACUCUAACGCCAUCAAGUACAAGACACAACAACUAAACUCUCAUCAUCUCGGCCUUGAGGGCCCCAAAGUGGAGAUAUACUUAGCGGAGCAUCUGACACCGUUUACGGCAUCGCGGCUUUUUUUCCUCGCUAGAGAUUUUGGCAAGACUAUGGGCUACGAUUUCUGCUGGACGUCGAAUGGAUUAGUGUACCUACAAAGAAAACAAGAUGACCCCUAUAUUCUAGUAAAAAGCGAAGCUCAACUACAAAUCUUAAGGAACAAAUGACUAGAUCUUGACUUGUCGAAUUUUCAUAUUAUUACUUGCACUUGUAAGCUAUCAUUUAUUAACUAUUUACUCUCAUUUUUUCUACUUAUUAUAAUAUUAUCAAUUACCUAUAAAUAUAUUGCGAUCAUAUCUUAUAUUUACAUGCGUGACUGUAAACUUUGCUCGAGAACUUAUAUACUACAUUUGGAUCAAUUAGAACACUUACAUUUUGAAACACAAAAUUACAUAAUAUUACUAUAUAUUAAUGCCUUACCAUAUAAAAACAAACAAAGGAAUGCCUUCUGUAUCAACUUUUGCAUAAUAAGGGUGGAACUAUAUCUUUUUUUAGUCGAAAGUCUUACCAUUGGAAAUUAUUAUGGACAGCAAUGUUUUACUAGAAGAGAUAGAAACAAUAAACUCAAUUCCUUGUCAACUCAUUGAAAACCCUAGCAAUUUAAAAACUGAAUUAAGUACUAUCGAUAAAUAUAAGAAGUGUUAAUAAGAACAUGGAUAAUCUUCUUAUCUGUUUGACUACGUUCUAUAUUAAUCUGCAUAUUAUUGUACUAUCGGAGUGUUGGUGUAACGAAAAUACUAUUCCACCUAUGAUCGAUGGAUACACAGUACACUCCACUAAACGAAGCUAUAAUCAGAAUGAUGAUGUAAAUAUCUAUGUCAAUUCGAAUAUUAACUGUAAAGUUUAUGAAUUACAAAUACAAGAAGCCAAUUGCUUAGUGGUUGAAAUGGUUAAUUUGACUAUUCUGGGUAUUUAUAGACCGUACUGCUUCAAACAUCCGGGAAAAUUUCUAGAUUCACUAGACCAUCACCUUUCGGAUAUCAAAUCGCGAAACGUUGUAAUUACAGGAGAUACAAACAUCAAUACUCUUUGUCCUAGCAACAGCAAUGUAAGUGAUUAUCUUGAUAUAAUUGGCUCACAUGGUCUCAUAAACUCCAUCAAUAUACCUACACAUGGCCAAACAUGCUUGGAUCAUUUUAUGUGCAAAAUUGAUGGUAAAUAUAAAAUGCUUUGUACUUGAUACGGAUAUAACUGAUCAUCUUCCAAUUUUGAUACCAAUACACAGCCAAAAAAAUCAAAUUAAUACCUCCUUCACAUCGCUCACGAGAACAAAAAUAAACUUUGAGGCACUCAAAAAAUCCAUUAAAGAACACAACUGGACACGUUUUCUAAAACUUACAGAGCCAAAUCAAGCUGCAGUAGUUCUCACCAAAACAAUUCAUGACCUAAUAAAAUUGCAUACACACAAAGCCACUUUCACCAGGCGUAAAAGACCAGUAAAGCCGUGGAUUAGCGCGGGACUAAUCAAAAAUUUCCGCAAGAGAGACAAAAUGCAUCUAAUAGUUAAGAAAAGACCUGAAAAUGCAGAUAUUAAACUUGCAUAUAUAAAGUAUCAAUUUAUGUGUAAUCUGUUAGCUAAAUCCUUAAAAAGUGAAUACUAUCGUGAUAAAUUUCACAAAAACUAUAAAAACAAUAAGGUACUUGGGACACUGUGAAAGAAGUAUGUAACAUUAAAAAGCAAGCAACUAAACCUACAGCUCUGUUGAAUAAUAUUUACACACCUUUAAAGAGUCUUUGAAUGCCGUAAACCAAUACUUCACAUCAGUAGGCGCGGAACUAGCAAAUGAAAUACUAAAGAAAAUUAAUAUAUCAGAACACCAGCUUGCAUUGCUUAAAAAUAAGUUCACAGUAUCGAACUCGAUGACACUCUUGCCCACAGAUUACAUAGAGAUAGAUAAAAUUAUAGGCAACCUGAAGGUACAUAGCGCGCCAGGUAUUGACAAUAUUUUCAACAUAGUACUAAAAAACUCCCGUCAAAUUCUGUGUUCCAUGAUAACACAUUUAUGUAACUUAAGCAUUUCAACUGGCAUCUUUCCGAAGAUUUUCAAACAAGCCGUCAUAGUUCCUAUACACAAAUCUGGUGAUAAGGAAUCGGCUUCUAACUAUCGCCCUAUCUCUCUACUGAGUACUAUAAGUAAGAUAAUAGAAAAAGUGGUUAACAUGAGAUUGAUGAGCUAGCUGGAAAGCCAAGAACUACUUGCUGAAAACCAAUACAGUUUCCGUAAAAACAAAAGCACAGAGGACGCAGUUGCCC